UUCCUGAAAACGAUUUUCUCGGUUCCUCUUGUGCUACACACAGUAACCCUAAACAAUAUGCAAAUGUAAGAAAAUGUUUAUAAGUUUACUAUCAAUCUCAAAAGAUAAACAUUCAUCAUUUUACAACAUACUUUUUUUUCAUUUGUACAAGUGCAUAAAGUCAAUUUAACAGUUAAAGUUAUUCGCUGUUUUAUAUGUGAUGGUCAGUGAGAAGUGAUUCUCACUUUUCACCUCUGUAUAUUUUCCUUAAAAGCCCUGUGAGGUUUUUGCGUGAAAGAAGAAGUGAAAGAAGCAAUAAAUAACUCAAUACAUCAAGGCGGAAUAGCUAAUAUGCCUCUGCAGACUAAACGCACAUGAAGAGAUUGAAGUAAGCAAAGGUUGGAUUUGAGAGAUCUCUCACUAUGGAUUUGUAUGCAUCUCCCUCAAACCGCGUCUCUUUGCGCAUCUGGUGGAUAUCUGCACUGUGUUUAAGUAUCUGCAAUGUCAGCUUUGCCCUUAUCACGAGACGCUGUAUAACCAUCGAGGAGCAUCUUCUCAAAGACAUGCCCAAGACUCCAUACUGUUACCGUUUACCAGGGAUGGGUCUAUACGCCGAAUGCAACGUUACCGACCUGCGUACAGAUCUGACAGAGGUCAGCCCAGAGGUUAGAUCCCUUUGUAUCAUCACUGAUAUUAAAAGUAUUCCUGCCAACGCCUUUUCAAACUUUCCUAAUUUGGAGGUUCUUGAAAUAAAAGGGGAAAGUUUGGUGAGGAUUGAGGCUGGUGCUUUUUCAGGCCUUAGGAGUCUGAAAGAAUUGUGGAUGCUUUUCAACAAUGCGGAAUGUAGUUCAGUCAACGUGGAAAGUCUCGCAUUCUCCGGCUUGUCUAAUUUGGAGAAGUUGACGUUAAUAGGUCUUCGGUUAGCUAAUGUGUCAAGCAUUAUAUUCGAUCCAUUGAUAAAACUAAUCCGAUUACAAUUGAUCAGGACUUUCGAACAGAACCUUGGUGAUAUUUUUUGUCAUCUUUCGGAAGGAAUGGCCAGUCUGAAGGAACUAAAUGUGCUUGACAGUUUCAUUUCGACUAUUGAGAAUAACGGAUGUUCAGACGGGUCAAAGAGUUGGCCUUUGAAUGUGCUUGCUGGAAUUCAGAAUCUUGACCUAACGGGGAACCUUUUCGAAGUCAUAAAAACACACACGUUAUCUGCCUUCCAGAACCUUUCCAGCCUUAUGAUUGAGUUUAAAGGUGAAUCGCUCGAUAGCAUUUGGGAAUCUGGGCUUGGAAACGUCAGCGAUUUGACUUUGAAAGGUGAUGUGAUGAGCAAAGGCAACACAAACGUCAGUGACUUGUGUCACCUCAUCUCCCGCCUCCAUCCUCGAUCCCUCAGCCUCAUUUACGAGAAAAUAGACAGAUGGACGGCCGAGGAUUUAAAGGAUUGUAAGACCGAAUUGAUAAAUUUGUCCAUUGGCUGUUCAGAGGUGACACAUCUAGACUUUGACUUCUGGACAUGUAAACCAGAGAUCCAGACAUUCAAAUUUUACAGCAUGAAGUUAACAGAAGCUCCAUUCUGUGUUGCAGCGAAUGGAACUGUGUGGUCUGUAACAGCACUUGACCUCUCCGAAAACCUCCUCAGAGAAGUUGAGGGAGACCAGUUUGCUUGUAUGCCUCAUCUUGAAAAACUUGUUCUCAGCAACAACGCCAUACAAAGACUGAUGACUCAUGCAUUCCGUGGUUUAAAGAACCUUACCUUUCUUAAUCUCAACUCAAAUAAGAUCUCAAAGCUUACUGCAAACGAUUUCAGAUAUCUCUAUUCUUUGGAGGUCGUUCUCAUCAACGACAACAUUAUAGAGAGCAUUGAGGAAGGAACAUUUCGUCACCAGCAUGAGCUUCGUGAGUUGGCAAUUGGCAGACUGGAAUAUGUCUAUGAGUUGUAUAUCAGUAAGAUUUUUCAUGGAUUCCCACCGAAAAUGCAGCGGCUUAGUAUUGAUGCACAUUUCGGAACAAAUUUUUACCUGGGCAAGGCACCGCAGCCCAGUGGGACGUUUGUUCUGGAGCUAAAAGGAGAUCGAUUGGGUUUCAUCGGCUGUGACGCUCCCGUUUUAAAAGCUGUUCGCGAGGUAAAAGUGACUUGCGCUUAUUUCAUAUGCAAAAAUGACUUCAUGGCACCUUUUUUCCCAAACCUGGAAUCCUUCGAGAUCACGGAGACGUCAGAAAGAGUGUUGAUAAGUUACACAGACAUCAACACUUUGCACCGUCUGAAGCGUCUCAAGCUUGUGAACCUGAGGUUCAAUAACAAUACAGAUGUAAGAAGAGUCUUCUGGAACCUGACACAGCUCCAGGUCCUUGUUCUGGUAAACUGUCACAUAAGCUUCUUGACCAGGAGCAUGUUCCAAAACCUGACAUCUCUGCAGCUCUUGCGUCUUUACAGUGACAGCCCUCUAGUGUUGGUUGAUGGCACGUUUGAUGUUUUGCCGGCGCUAAAAGUUUUUUUUCUCGAUAGAGUUGACUUCCAGUGCAAUUGCAUAAACGGCUGGAUUCUUGAAUGGGCGGAAAGCACCAAAAGCGUGCAGGUUGUCUCCAUUCAAAAGCAAGAGUGCGUGUGGCACUAUCAGAAACGCAACUUUUUGGAAACUAUGGAAAAGUUGUGUCAGACUGACACGCAGUACUUGUGCUAUGUGGGCACGGCUGCCUGUGUUUCUCUCGUGAUGUCGCUGGCGGUCGGAUAUCGGUUCGCUCGCUGGCCUUCCGUGGUCCUCUACUUCCGUCUGAGAGGUUUGGCGGAGAGGAUGUUUGGCAGGCAGUGGCAGAGGAGGAGGAGAAGACUUGAGCGGGUAGAUGGAGAGCUGGAGGAGGUCAAGUAUGAUGCCUUCGUGUCAUUCUGCAACCGAGAUGAAGCCUGGGUCAUGGAGGAGAUGAUUCCAAGACUGGAGGAACAAGGCCACCUCAGACUGAGACUUUGUCUUCAUAACAGAGACUUUGAGGUGGGGAAAGGUAUUGUGGACAAUAUCAAAGAGAGCAUCAACAGCAGCCAGUGCACCAUUUGUUUGAUCAGCCGCUCGUAUCUGCGGAGCAACUGGUGUGGUCUGGAGAUCCGAGUGGCCACUCACCACCAGCUGGAAGAGGAGGAUUACCGUCUCAUCCUCAUCUUUCUCGAACACAUCUCUCCCUUUGAGCUCUCCGCUUUCCAUCGGUUGGCGAGACUGGUGAGAUCUCAGACAUAUUUGGACUGGCCAGAGGAUGAAGCUGAUAGAGUCAACUUCUGGGAUCGUCUGAGGAAGAACAUUGUGGAGGUAGACACGAAUGCUUCCUGAAACUUCAGAGUGAAGCAGGCUGUAUUUUUUUUUGCCACAACCUAUUGAGUAAAAACGGUCUCAUGCAUGCAUCACAUUGUGUAUGUUACAGUAUGAUGUGUGAUGUACUGUAAUAUAAACCUUGUGCUGUCCUUUAGUAUUUAAAAUGCUAUCAGUGUAUAUUGCUGUUGACACCAUGGUUUACACAUUGUCUGUAUGAUUCUCAU